AUGGUAUUUGAGAACUUCAACGUUAAUGAGGUCUCUGAAAUGGUACUGUCUUUCACAAAUAAGGACAAGUUUAAUCGGCUGGUGAAGGUCUCCAUGGAGAGAUCUCCUUAUUUCGAGCUGCUGUGCCCCAAUGAUGCGUACCACAUCGUGCCACCAGGCGGAUCUUCCCCUGUGCGCAUCCGCUUCACCCCUGACAUGAACAAGGAUUAUUCCCACCAGCUCGUCUGCAUCACUGGACUGGAAAGGAUAGUUGUGCCCAUUCGGGCCAUUGCAGCCCGAGCCAUCCUGGAGUUCCCUGAGCAGCUGGACUUCUCGGAGUGCCCGGUCAAGUACAGCACCCAGAAAACUGUGCUGGUUCGCAACGUCGGGAACCUGGAAGCUCAUUUCCAGCUGAGCACCCAGAGUCCUUUCUCCGUGGUUCCAGCCAGCGGAACUCUGGCCGUUGGUGACACCAUGGAGGUGACAGUGGAGUUUCACCCGCUGACAGCUGGUGACCAUUCUGGGUCCCUGGCAGUGUGCUGCAACACAGGUGAUAUGUACAUAAACCUUCAAGGAGAAGCUGUAAAUGUCGCCAUUAAGUUGAGCACAAAUUCAGUGAAGUUUGAGGAUACUUUCAUCACCAUGUCAAACCAAACAACCAUAUUCAUCGAAAACGAGAGUAACAUCACAGCCCACUUCCAGUGGAAGACUUUUCCUAUGACAGAAGAUGAGGAUGAAGAGAAGAAGAGAUGUGGUCACUUGGCAGAUCCUCAGCUGGCUCCAUGUGCUGAGAUGGAAGACAUCAAGUUUCUGGAGGGAGAGAUCGAGCCUAAUUGUUGUGCCAAAAUCAAGGUCACCUUUAAACCCCUAAAAGCACGAGAGUAUCAACGUGUGGCUUACUGCGACAUCACAGGCCGUGAGAGCAGGCUGCCCCUGCUCCUCAAAGGGGAAGGCCAAGGACCCUUGGUUGAACUCAGCACUGAUACACUGAACAUUGGAAGCAUUUUAGUCGACACCUCCUACAUCUAUGAGGUGGAACUGAUUAACGAAGGAGCUAUUGAUGCUCCCUUCACCUUUAUCCCUUCAACCACAGAGGUGAGCAAGUGCUUCAAGAUUGCGCCUGAGGAGGGCAUCAUUGCACCAGGUGGGGCCCAGACCAUCCGGGUCACCUUCAAUGCCACGGUAUUAGGGACCUUUGAGGAAGAAUUCCAGUUCAGUGUGGCUGAAUCCCCUCAGCCUUUGACCUUGACUGCCAGCGGAUGUGUCUGUGGAGCAACUGUACACUUUGACAUGGAGGAGCUCAAGUUCGGUGACAUUUCCUUUGGCUUUCCCUACACCAUGACCUGUCGCCUCAUUAACACCUCGCCAGGGUUCCUGAACUUCAAGCUCCGCAUGUCUGAGGAUGGCACACAGCCUGCUGUUACUAGCUUUGAUCAAAUACGCAAGCCUAAUGACCCAUCCUGGAGGGAUGGAAUUCAUUUUUAUGUGGAGCCAAGGGAGUUUACAAUGAAUCCCAGGAAAGGGAUCAUCCUUCCCCAUGGAUACCAGGAUAUCGAGGUGACCCUGUGUUCCAACACCGUGAUGGCUUUCUACCGGAGACUGCUGGUGGACCUGGAGGGUAUUGGCGAGGAAAUGGCAACACUGAUCAUCUCAGCCAGAUGCAUCGCUCCUAAGCUGCGAGUGUGGCCCCAAAUCCAGUGCUACUCUCGGUGCCUACUGAAGGUGCCAUACCAGAGGAAUUUCAUCGUUGGGAAUGACACCGACCUUCCUGGCUGCUACGGGCUUGUUCCCCAGAAACGCAAGGAGAACACUCCUGUGUUCUACUCCAGUCCCAAACCCUGUGGGAUUGUCCAGCCUCACAGCAUUGCAGAGAUUCCAGUCGUAAUUGAAGUCCAAAGAUUGGGCGAGCAUCGGACCUGUGGUCUUGUUGGAGUGUUCGGGGAUGAGAGAAACCCACGGAGUAUAAUAAUGCGAAGCACUGGACAGCUGGCAGACGUCUACGCAGUUCCAAAAGUGAUAGAGUUUGGCAAGAUUCCAACACUACAGCCUAAUUCACAAAGUUUUACUCUCUUCAAUGAAGGUCUUGUCCCUGUAGACUUCAAGAUACAGGUGGCUCAGAAACCCCACUGCUAUGCUUUUGACCACACAGAAGGAGAGAUCCCUGCUAGGGGUGAGGUUCUUGUGACUAUCACAGCAACCCUGGAUGACACUGGGUAUUUUAGUGACACUAUCCAGGUGUUGGUUUGCAACACCCUUUGGAUCACUGUCGAAGUCCGAGCUGUGGGCACUGGCACCACAAUUGUCAUAGAGGAACCAUUCAGCCCGGUGCUCAACUUGGGAUACCAAUUCAGCCCAGCUGAGGAGGGCCAGAGUGUCUCAGCCCUCCCUAGCCCAAAGACUGAAGAUCAUUCCCAGAGCCCCAAACGUACCAGCCCCGUGUUUGAGCUGAAGCCAAUGGAGAUGAAGAUGCAGCCAGGCGAGUCUGUGGACCUAGUGCUGCAAGGCUUCUCCCAAAUCGAGCAGGUGGUGCAGGAUUAUGUGACAUGUGAAAUAUUUAUUGGGAUACCGAACUGGAGAAAGAAGAUAAUGGAAACAAUCAUAACCUGCGAGUUUAUUGAUCCUUCAAUAGAAAUAUCAGCCAGACAUUUCUCUUUCCGGGUGCAGAAGAAACCCAGUGAUGUCCUGACGCUGCAGUACCAGCUUUUGGCUGUAAAAAACACCUGCCCAUUGCCACUGGACCUCAUGCUGGACGUGGAGCAGCCGUUUCUGGUCUGCGAUGUGGACCAGCAGCCCCUCCCAGAUGGCCAGCCUGUGACACUGGAUGCAGGGCAGACCUGCCAUCUCUACGUGGCAUUUAACCCAGCUUAUAAAAAGAAUACUCAUAGCUGGAAAGACAAUAAAGUUCUGAAGAUAAGCAUGGUCAGGGGCCAUCCUUAUGAGGAGCAUAUCACCCUUGUGGGAGAAGUCCACUUCCCCAAUCUCCAGAUCCAGCCCAGCACCCUGGACUUCGGCUGCAUCCUGGCUGGCACUGAAGAAUUGCGUUCUGUGCAGAUGACCAACUGCAGCCCCCUGCCUGUCCACUUCCACUGGUCAUUCCAUUCGGACAGCCAGGUGAAAAAGUUGAAAGCUGAGUUGGAGGAAUUCAAGUUAUCCACAGAUGUACCAUACCCUCCCAUCAAAGUGGAGAAGGCUUUCAGUAUCCUGCCGCAGUUGGGUGUGCUGCAGCCGGGAGAGAGCAAGAAGAUCAUCUUCACCUUCUCUGGCCAGCUCAACACCCUGGCCAGUGCCACAGCGCUGUGCCACGUGGAGGGAGGCCCCACCUACCGGGUGGUGGUUACCGGGGAGGCUUCACGCAUCAGCUACUCCCUGAGCCAGCGCGAGAUCAACUGCGGCUCUCAGAUAUUUAAUGAAAUUCAUCACAGCACAGUCACCCUGGCAAACACUGGCAAGAUUAAAUUCGACUGGGUGCUAAACCUUAGCAUUGCAGAGCAACAUCUGCCUGGAGUGUUUCUGGUCAAACCCACCCAUGGCUCCAUUGGAUGCGGUGAGAAGCAAGUGCUGAAAUUCUCUUACAUGCCAGGAUUACCAGGAGCCUUCAGGAGGACUUUCCAGCUUAAAGUGGGUGACCUGGACCCAGAAAAUAUCUACCUGAAAGGAGAAGCAUCCUUUCCCAUGAUCACUGUGAACCUGCCCUGGAACAUCAAAGGAAAUAAAAACUAUGAGAAGCUAGUGAAACAGCAUGUAAAACCCCUGCAAAAAUACAGUCAGAAGAAUGAAUCAGUUGUUCAGAAGAAGACUCAGAGCUCGAAGACCUUGAAGUCUCAGCCCCCAAAGACUCAGACCCUGAAAACUCAGCCCCCAAAGACUCAGACCCUGAAAACUCAGCCCCCAAAGACUAAGACCCUGAAAACUCAGACCCCAAAGACUCAGACCCUGAAGACUCAGACCCUGAAGACUCAGACCUUGAAGACUCAGGACCAGAAUCCCCACGUGCUUGGCUCCGGCAUUGUAUCAAGCGCUCAGCUGCAGAUGGAGAUGGUGAUGAAGCUGGUAAAGAAGCCUGCUCUAGAGCUGCAGAAAAAGCUCCCAUACCAUGCCCCACACAGCAGCUUCCCUGACAAGGAGCUGUGCCAGAGUCUUGUCAAAGUUGAGCUGCCUGAGUAUGUCCUGGACAUGGGCACUGUCAUUAAGGGUUACACUAAGACACACACUCUGGUGAUCACCAACCCUGGGCAGAUCCCAGUGUCCUUCCAGGUCGAUGUGUCUGCCCUGCAGGACACAGGUUUCAGAGUGGAUCUGGACCAGAUGAAGGGCCUGCCCCAUAGCCAAACCAGAAUGCUUGAAUUGUGCUUUGAAAGUGCCCACCAGGCAGAGGGCAACAUGGAUGUGCUGCUGCCCAUAGAGGUGACAAAAGGCCCCACGUAUAACAUCCGCCUCCGUGCCACUGUGUUGGAACUGUCACUCGACCUCUCCAAGAACACACUGCAGUUCUCUGAUAUCCUCGUUGGGCAGUGCCAGAUUGAGACAGUCCGGCUCUACAACUGGUUCCAAGUACCCUGCAAGUGGUUCAUUAAGGCCAUUGGGCCUGUUAUGAAGGACAAUGAAUGCCAAUACUGGACACCAGGUCAGAGGCAGCAGGCGCUGGAAGAUGAGCCCUGUCCCUUUGCAGUGACACCCUCCAAAGGAACCCUUGAUGCAGGAAGGUGGCAGGACUUACAAAUCCAGUUUACACCCAAGGAGGAGAGGUCUUACAAGAAUGAGCUGAAGCUUAGCAUUUGUGGGAGCAGACAUCACUUAAAGCUGCACCUCUCAGGGCAAGGUCUGGAGCCACGGUUGGAGUUCACCCCCCCAGCACUAAAGAUGGGAUGGGUGCUGGUGAACAGCAAUGGGUUGGAGGCCACAGUGGUGGUGAAGAACCCAUGUAACUUCCCUGUUGAGUUUUACUCACUGGAUUUCGAUGAGCAGUACCUUGAGGAAGAGAAGAUGCUGAGGAUGGCAGUGGGGUCUGAGUACCAAAAGAACUUUCUAAUGCCUCCACGUGCCGUGGGUGGGACGCUGCCCCCAGAGGUGCUGGAGCAUUAUGAAGCACAGAAGAGGCCGAAGGCUCAACAGGCAGAGCUCAAGGCCAUGGCAGAGGCCAAGGCCACAGCUGUGGCUGAGGCUGAGGCCAUGGACAAGGCAGCACCAGCAUAUGACAGGGCUGUCACACCCUCUCCUGAGCCCAUGGUGGAAGUGACUGGGAAUCCUGUCUCAUGGGCUGUCAUGCGCUACCUGGGCAUCGACCCAUCAUUGGAGAGGCGUGAAGCACAGCAGGACAGGAGGAUUGUUCUCAUCAUCCAUGGGCCACCCCGGGCAGGAAAGACAGAGGUAGCGGCGGCCCUGUGUAACUAUUAUGACACUGCUCACUUGUCCAUUGACACCGUGGUGAAAGAGGCCAUUGCCAAUGAUCAGAGCCAAGCAGGGUGCCAGGCCCGGGAGCUUUGCACCAAGGCUGCCAUGGAGCUGAAAGCUGAGGAUGAAGGUAGAAAUUCUGAGCUCAGUGCUCAGAGCAAGAAUAAACAAGCCUCUGGAGAAAAAAACAACAAGAAGAAUGCCAAAGGCAAGAUUCCUUCAGCACAAAAGAAGAAGGAGCCAGUGAGCAAAGCCGAUAUAAAGAUCACAGUUUCCACUGCUCCUGCGCCGCAGCAGCUGAACAUCAUCAGCAGUAAUGGGGAAGAGCUGAACUGCUUGAGCUGUGUGCUGCCCGAGGACCUGCUGGUGGACAUACUCUGUGAGAGGCUGAAGCGUGAAGACUGCAACAAGGGAGUGGUCUUUGAUGGCUUGGAGAGCCUCUUUGCAAGUAGCCCGGAAUCUUCUCUGCUCUGUCUACUCAAAGCUGUCAAGAAUUGUCAUCAUAUCUACAUGGUGAACCUGCAUCAGGAUUGUGCUUCUUGGAUAACCAAGGAAGAAAAUGAAAGAAAGAGGAAGAAAGCUAAAAGAGAGAAGGAAGAACUGCAGCGGAAAAAAGUUUUUCAGAGGAACAUAGAACGUGUCUUGAAAAUGGAUGAGGAUGAGUAUUGUGCGCUCCCUGGGGAAAAGAAAGCUCUAAUGGAUAAAAUAAUAAAGGAAAGGAAGCAUCUACAGAGGGAGAGGGAGCGGAAGCAGCUGGCUCAAAAGCUUGAGGAGGAGGCAAAAGCCUUAGAGGAGGAAGAGAGGCAAAAGGAGGAAGAGAGGCGAAAGGAAGAAGAGAAGCGGAAGAAGGAAAAGAAGGGGGGGGAAACCAAAGCCCCUGACAAGGGGGAAGCUGAAAUCCCAGAGUACCCAGCUGAGAUGGAUAAAAACUUGAUCCAGAGGUUUCAAAUCUAUGACUCAUCGCAGGAGGACGUCGCACAGGUUUUCACCUACUUUGACAGGGUUCAGGGUACUGUGCAGUUACCUGUGAUCCAAAACGGAAACACAUCCCAGCUUUCAGGUGAAAGCAAAGGUCAGAGGACCAGUAAGCCUCAGGAGAAGGUGGAGAAGAAGCCUGAACAAAAAAGUGGAGGCCAGAGAAGUCUUCAGUCAUCUCGGCUGGAGACACAAAGUGAAGUUGCAGAAGAGGCAGUCAGAGACGAGUAUGUCGGGAUGGUGUGCUUGGACAUCCAGGUCACAGAUCCAAAGGCCAUGAUUAGGGAGAUCCUAAAGGAUGGGAGGCUGCCAACAAAAGACGAGAUGCUGAGAUAUCUGGGACUGCAUCCCGAAGGGCCUCCCCUUCCCCCUGCUGUCCUCUCUGUAGUCGACUACCCAGAGGAGCGGUUGGGCUCUGCAGAGCGUGUGAAGCCCUUCACCAUCGCUGCACCGGAAGGUGCUGCUAUGGAACACGAUCUGGCCAAGACCCUAGAUGUGAAGGGCAGUUCUGCCAGCAGAUACAACCCUCCAAUGGAGAACCAGAUCUUCACACACAGAACAGAAAGUCCCCAGGAUUCCUUUGCAAUGAGAUCCAAAAGUGCCCUGAAAAGAGCCUCAAUCCCCACAGAACUUGUCAGGCUGAAGCGGUACCGGUGGAUAGUGCCUAGCCACGGUGAGGUGGAACUGAAGGUCCACUUCUCCACCAAAAAGCCAGGGCAGUUUGAGCAGACACUGAGGUUUGAGCUCGUGGAGUCAAAGCGCCAGUACGAGCUGCCCUGCAGUUGCACCGGCCUGUACCCCAGCAUCAGCCAGAACACACGGCUGGUGUUUCCACAGUGGAGGGAGACCAUGGAGGCAGAUGAAAUCAUCUUUAAGGAAUAUGUUGAGAGCACAAAGCAAUUCCACUUUGGACCUCUGCUGUGUGGGAAAUCAAGAGAAUGGUACAAGUCCCAGAACCAUCCUGGCAACAGGGAGAAUAUAACCAUCCUCAACAACUCCCCCAUGGAUAUAGAGGUCCAGUUCUGCUUUGAGAUUGAUGGGGAAGCAGACACGUUCCUCUUGGACCCUCCCAGCAUGACACUGAAACCAAAGGAGAAGCAGAAGCUGACCAUUUGGGCAUUCCCCACUUCCUAUGGCUUCCUGGAAGACAGACUCAUCUGCUGCAUUGAGAAGAACCCAGAGCCAGUGGUCUUCAGCCUGUGCUGCCAUGGGGUGCAGGUGAAGCUGGAGAUCAGCCCCCGGGAGCUGUCUUUUGACAAGCUGCUUCUGCACGGGAUUGACAGCAGGACCUUGGUCCUGAGAAAUGACAACCUGCUGCCCAUGGCCUGGCAGUUCAGUGGGCUGGAUGACAUUGUUGAGGCCUUCUCCUUGUCACAAGAUAACGGCACCGUUGAUCCCCGCUCGGAGUUUGAAGUGACACUGAAUUUCAGGGCUGGGAAGACCGGCCUCAUUGGGAAGAUCCUCCGACUAGAGGUUUCAGAUACAGAAAACGUCCUGGGGGUUGUUCAGGCUGAAAAUAUCGAAAUCUCUGCAGAAGUCUAUGAUGUUGCUCUGAACAUUGACAUGCCUGAAGGUCCAGAUGGAAGCUUGGAAUUUGGAACUAUUAAUGUUCUGGAAAAUGUGAAGAAAGUCCUGACUCUAAAGAACAAAGGGAUAUACAACGUUGGGUACCGUUUCAUACUGAAGGGUACAGGUCCCAGGAUGCAAGAUGUGGCAUCCCACUUCACUAUUGAGCCUCAGUCAGGCACGCUGAUUGCCUCUCAGCCUGGUACGAAUGUUGAGAUGCUCUUCCACCCCAAAAGGGAGAUGCUCCUCAAGAACAGACUGUUCCUGUACUGCCAGGUGAUGGAUGCCAGGUCUGGGAAAGCACGCCAGACUGUUGCCACCAUCCCAGUGAGGGUGUCUGCAAAAGCUGUGUACAGCAAGUUCAGUAUUGAGCCUGCCUCUCCCAUCGACUUUGGGGCCUUGAUCAAGACCACCAAGAAGACCCAGAUUGUCGUGCUGGAGAACAAAGGCAUGCUCAGCUUCAAAUUUCGCAUCCAGCAAGCACCCAAGGAUUCACCUGCAUUGGAAAUCAAAAGUUUAAAGCCAGGGGAAUCUGCUGCACCAACUACAAAGCUGAAAUCAAGCUCCUCACAGCCUCUCCUGGAACUUCUUCUGCAGGAUUACCUCGCUGUUGGCAUGUUCAUAGUGUCCCCCUGCUCCGGCUCCGUCGCUCCGUGGGGCCAGCAGAAGAUCACCGUGGAUUGCCUGGCAGGGCAGGAGGGGACAUGUGAGGAGCAGCUCUACAUUGACAUCACGGGCAUAGACCGCAAGCACAAUCCCCUGGGUGUUCCCUUCACCCUGAUUGCAGAGUCCUGCCUCCCAGGAAUUGUUGAGGACGCCAUGUUAGUCUUCGAGGAGUAUCCAAUCUGCAGCAGCACCAACCUCAGCCACAAGCUGCGGUCGGUGAAAGGUGUGGGCCUGUUUGUCAGAGAUGAGAACAGAUUCGUCUUCACCAAGGUUCUGGUUGGGCAAGAGGCUGAAGCUCAUUUCAAUAUCUACAAUGCAAGUGGUCUGCCAUGUGAUGUGGUCCUCUCCCUCAAACCCCUGCCUGGAAAGGAAAAAAUCCCUAUCAACAACAUUUUCAAAUUGUGUCCAGUCAAGAUGUCUGUUCCUGGCUCAUCCAAGGCUAUUGCUAUGGUGACCUUCACCCCACCAGACCAGCAGAUUUAUGACUGCAUUUUCAAGGCUUCCCUUGUCAUCCCAAAAAGCCCUGUGAAAAUUAGACCCCAAACUCUGACCUUCACCAUCAGUGGGAAGGGAUAUGAGCCACAAGUGACAGUUGUGUGCCCAAGUGCUCGCAGCAAGAGGGGAAAUGCUGUGCUGCGCUUCAAGAGGCUCCAGGUGGGGGAUUCAGAGAUGCUCCCCGUGGUCAUCUGUAACAGAAGUGUCAUACCUGUCAAGUUUAUGUUACAGCUGGAGGAUGAGCACGGAGUGUUCCUCUUGAAAAGCAGGCAGUCAACACUCGAGAAUUACCACCAUGAAGAUGUGGGAGAGGUUCGCAUUGGAAAUGAGAGCAAGCCCCCAAAGAAGCCUUUCCUGCUUCUGCGUCGCGGGCAAUCGACAGAGUUCGAUGUCAUUUUCAAACCCACCCUGGCUCAACGUCUGGAAGGGAAGAUUCAUGUCUUAGUGGGGGACUUGUACAUUCACAACACCCUAAUAGAGCUGGUGGGUGAAGGCCACAAGGAUGAAUUCACCCUUGAUGGACUAGAGGAAGACACAGAGGAGAGGAAUGCUGACAGCAGUCUGAAGAAAGACAUCAUUGAUGCUAUCAGAGUGAAUCACAUCCAGUUUGGGGACUGUCCUGUUGGGAAGCCCUGCCACAGGACCUUCACCAUCACCAGCCAUACCCAGAGGCAGGCCUUGCGCUUUGAGUGGGAGGCAGACGCCACAUUCCGCUUCUCCCCCAAGAUGGGACACCUCCAUCCUGGGUGUGCCAAGGACAUCACAGUGACCUUGAAAGCAGAUGUCCCAGCUGUCUUCAGGAGGCACCUUGUGAAAUGUAAGGUGACCAAGAUCAACUUUGAGCUGCCACGAAGGAAGGUUCAAGACUGGAACGACCAAAUGUCCAUUGUCACAUGGAAGGAUACUGCCAGGAAAGACCCAGCAGCCAGCUGGCCUGAGAAAGAGAAGAUGGUCGAGAAAGUCCCAGAACCAGUUCACACUGUGGGGGAGGAGAACAUCCAGGAGGCCGAGGUGUACCUCAGUGCCUUUGUUGCCUACAGCCAGUUCAAACUGAGCACAGUUGUGGUUCAGCUCAAGGACACCGUGCCCAACCAGACCAGGACAGCCACUUUCAAGAUGCACAACACAGGGAAAGUAGCCCUGGAAUACACCUGGGUGGAAGUUGCAGAUAGUGAAGCACCUGAGCAGCAGGAGGAGCAAUCCAUGGAGCAGCAGCGCAAGCAGCGGAACCACGCCGAGAAGCUACGCCUCUCAAAGCAAAAGCACCUCUCCCUGCAGCGUGUCUGUUCCUCCAUGGAAAUCUUCCCAGAUGUCAUCCAUGACCUGCCACUGUUCUCCAUCAACCCCUACCACGGCAUCAUCGCUCCUAGGCAGAAGCAGAUCUUUAAUGUGCUGUUCUCCCCGAAGUGCAUGGGCAAGUUUGAGACCACCAUGCUGUGCAGGAUUCCUAACCUGAAGCCAUCUCUGAAGAAGGCGCGGGUGAUUGUGAAAGGCAGAGCCUGGCAGCGGAGGAGCCUUGACAAACCAAAACGCUCUGCGUUACGGCAGAUGGAGACAGGCCAGGGACCCAAGAAGCAGGUGCACUGGAAAUCAACAGCUGAGUGACAGCAUUUGUGUUAGCUGGAGCAUCCUACAGGAGCAACAUCAUGUCUUCUGCUGCUGAUGGUCUCCCACCCUUCACCAGAGACCUCUGCAGCUACCCUUCCAAGC